GCAGAGAGAAUUAUGGUGUCAUAGAGGCUUAGAAUCUUAGCAUUAGCAGGGAAGGGAACCCAUCUGGUUCAGAAGCUUUGGCUUCUGAUAGUCAUGGACUCACUAGGCUGCUGAGGAAGAUCAGUAAUAUCUACUGGAAUCAGUCAUGAGAAGUCAAGCACGGAAAUUGUGAAUUGAGAAGUGCAUGGCCAGAACAGGUCCAGCAUCCUUUGAAGCAUGAGUUCUUACCAGCAGAAGCAGACCUUUACCCCACCACCUCAGCUUCAACAGCAGCAGGUGAAACAACCCAGCCAGCCUCCACCUCAGGAAACAUUUGUUCCCAUAACCACGGAGCCAUGCCACUCAAAGGUUCCACAACCUGGAAACACAAAGAUUCCAGAGCCAGGCUGCACCAAGGUCCCUGAGCCAGGCUGUACCAAGGUCCCUGAGCCAGGCUGCACCAAGGUCCCUGAGCCAGGCUACACCAAGGUCCCUGAGCCAGGCAGCAUCAAGGUCCCUGACCAAGGCUGCAUCAAGUUUCCUGAGCCAGGCGCCAUCAAAGUCCCUGACCAAGGAUACACCAAAGUUCCUGUGCCAGGCUACACAAAGGUACCAGAGCCACAUCCUUCAACGGUCACUCCAGGCCCAGCUCAGCAGAAGACCAAGCAGAAGUAA